UGCCAAACGACGCGUUUUUCCCCGGCGUUGGCGUGGCCGCCGACGGAACGAACACCGACAUGAGCCGUGGCGCGGCGAAUUCGGCGGCGACGACCAUAGCCACGGUGGAAAACUUCGCCUAUACAGGCGAGGAUGGUGAAAAGUCCGAGAGGCCCGGCACGUCCCGAGAGAAGGCCUCGCUGGGCGUGAGCGCGAGUGGCGACCAGAAGGGCUUCCUGUGCUGGAAGAAGGGGUGCGGGCAGCAGUUCGUGACGCCCGGGGCGCUGCAGGCCCACUUCGCCGAGGCCCACGCCAAACAGCGGCAGCAGCAGCAGCUGCAGCAGCAGCAGCUGCAGCCGCCGGCCGGAGCCAUCGCGGAGCAGCGAGCGGUGGCGGCGGCUAGCAAGCACCGCUGUGGGCAGUGCGGCGCCUGCUUCAAGAGCCCCGACAAGGUGCUGGCUCACCAGCAGCUGUGCUGCCAGCCCGCCGCCGCCACCGCGGCCGCCUGCCCGCUGUGCCCGCAAAACCUGCGCACGCCCGCGGCCCUCGGCAGACACCUGGAGUCGAGCCACCCGGAGCUGAGCGACGGCGACGUGCGCCAGAUCUGCGGCAGCGUCGGCAUCGGCUUCCGGGUCGGCCGCCGGGAACCGUCGCCGGCCGAGGGAGGAGGCGAGGAAGGCGCGGCGGUGCACGACGGCGACAGGGGCGACGCGGAGGGCCCCUCCGAGGCGGAGGGCGGGCACGGCGGCACCGCGGAGGUGGGCGAGGGCGCGCCGGAGUGCGACGACUUGCUGGGCGACGCCAAGCGGGCGCUGCCGUUCCGCAAGGGCACCAACUUCCUGAUGGACAAGUUCCUGGACCCGUCACGGCCGUAUAAGUGCACCGUGUGCAAGGAGUCGUUCACGCAGAAGAACAUCCUUCUCGUGCACUACAACUCGGUGUCGCACCUCAACCGCCUGAAGAAGACACUGCAGGGCUCAGGCGGGCCGUCCGGCGGCGCCGCGCAGGGCGACGCCGCCGUGAGCGCCGGCGACAGCAAGCCCUACCGGUGCGCCACCUGCAACGUGGCCUACAGCCAGAGCUCCACGCUCGAGAUCCACAUGCGCUCCGUGCUGCACCAGACAAAGACGCGGGCGGCGCUGCAGGAGUCGGCCGCGGCGGCGUCGGGCGGCGGCAAAGGGGACGGCGCCGGCGCUUCGGCGAGCGCCGUUCAACAGGCCGCGAGCGACUACACCAAGGCCCAGGCGGCCCCCGGUGGCUCGGCGCACAAGCCGGAGGCGGCGCCGGAGUAUGCGGAGGCGCUGAGGAAGGCGCACGCGGAGGCGCCGCCGACGCCGUCGUCAGGCCAGCAGGCCCAGGCACAGGCCCAGGCACAGGCCCAGGCACAGGCACAGGCUUUGGCACGCGCCCAAACGCAGGCCCUGGUGCAGCAGGCGCAGGUGCAGUUCCAGCAGGAGCUGCAGCAGCAGCAGCAGCAGCCGGCCUUCCUUCAGCACCAGCUCUUCAACCCGGCACUGCUGCCCCCUUUCUCCAUGACGACGGAAGCCUUCAUGCAGCUGCAGCAGCAGCAGCCGUUCUUCUUUCCCUUUGGUCUUUCCGGCGCCGACCUUCAGCUGCACCAGGAGAUGGUCCUGCCCGGGUCGUCCGGCGCGUUCGCCAUGUCCAGCGCGGCCGCCUCCAUCCUGGGAGAGCUGAAGUCGCAGCAGCAGUGGCAACAGCAGCAGCAGCAACAGCAACAGCAGCAGCAACAGCAGCAGCAGCAGCAACAGCAGCAGCAACAGCAGGCGCUUCAACUCCUGAGCGAGGAGAUCGAGAAUCGGAGCGCCGAGGAGGACGAGAAGAUGGAGGAGGCGCAGGAAGAGGAUGUCGACGGCGAGUCGACGACGACACCGGCGGCGGGCCCCGGCGAGGAGCCGGGCGACGCGCAGCACCAGCAGCCGGGCGGCUCCGAGGAACGCGUGCCGCCGCCCAGGAUUCCGGCGUACGCCCGGGGCAAUGCGGUGCGAGCGCUGCUGGAGAACUUCGGCUUCGAGCUGGUGAUCCAGUACAAUGAGAACCGGCAGAGGUCGGCGCGGCGGGAGGAGAGUGCCGCGCCCGCCGACGCCUCGGGCAAGAUCGAGUGCAGGGACUGCGGCAAGCUCUUCUCCAACAUCCUGGUACUCAAAAGCCACCAGGAGCACAUCCACCUCCAGAUCCUGCCCAUCGAGGAGCUCAGCCGCUACUCCAAGCAGUACCGCAAGACCUACGACAAGGUCUACCCGAUCAGGCCGGACUCACCCGAGAUGCAGGCGCUGCCAGCGCAGCAGCAGCAGCUCCAGCAGCAGCAGCUCCAGCAACAGCAGCUCCAGCAGCAGCUCCAGCAGCAGCUCCAGCAGCAGCUCCAGCCGCCGCCGCCUCCGCCGCCGCCCCCUCCUCCGCCCGCAUCCACCGCCCCGAAGCUGGCCACCCCUCCAGCCACCCCGCAGCCCGCGCAGCAUUCGCCCCACCAGAUGGUGUUGUCCCAGCUGGCGCUGCCCCUGGACCAGCUGCCCAUGCUAUCGCCGCUGAUGAUGCAGCCGAUGCAGCUGCAGUCGAUGGCGUCGCAACUGUCCUCGCAGUUCAUGCCCAUGGAGUCGAUCACCGCCGACUUUGUGCAGCUCUACCACCUCCACCACCAGCAGAAGAUGCAGCAGCAGCAGCAGCAGGCGGUGGACUCGGCCCUGCUCCUGCAGCAGCAGCAGCAGCAGCAGAGCAAGCGGCCGCGCACCCGCAUCACGGAGGAGCAGCUGAACGUGCUCAAGGCCUACUUCGACAUCAACAACCUGCCGAGCGACGAGCAGAUCCAGGAGAUGGCCGAAAAUACGGGCCUCUCGCACAAGGUCAUCAAGCACUGGUUCCGCAACACGCUGUUCAAGGAGCGCCAGCGCAAUAAGGACUCGCCCUACAACUUCAACAACCCGCCCACCACGAGCCUCGACGAGCUGCGUGCCGAGCCGCCGGCGCUGCAGCAGCAGCAGCUGCAGAUGGAGACGCUGUCGAGCCGGCGCUCGAGCCGGACGCGCUUCACCGACUACCAGCUCAAGAUCCUGCAGGACUUCUUCGACGCCAACGCCUACCCCAAGGACGACGAGCUGGAGCAGCUGUCCGGCCUCCUGAGCCUGCCGACGCGCGUCAUCGUCGUGUGGUUCCAGAACGCGCGGCAAAAGGCGCGCAAGAGCUACGAGAGCCAGAUCGAGGGCAGGGACGGCGAGAAGCGCGAGGUGCUGCUCAACGACCGCUACGUGCGCACCGGCAACAUGAACUACCAGUGCCGCAAGUGCAGCGUGGUGUUCCAGCGCAUCUUCGACCUCAUCACCCACCAGAAGAAGCACUGCUACCGCGACGAGGAGGACAGCUACACGCGCGAGGACAACCAGAUGGACGACUCGUCCGACGCCACCGACAUGGGCAACUCGUCGGGCUAUACGCCACCCGCCGGCGCAGCCGCAGCGCGCGCGCCGGCCCCCUCGUCGUUCCAGACGCCCGACGGCGACUCCCGCGGAGCUCCGAGCCCCAAAACCGAACCGGCCGAGGAGAAGCCGAAGGAAGGCAAGGUGGCGAGGGAGCAGCAGCGGGAGCAGCCAGCUGCAGCUGCAGCAGCAGCAGCAGCUUCAUCAGCUGCAAAGUCAGCAGGAAGAGCAGCCAAACCAAAACCGAAUCAACCUCAGAGCAGCCAUCAUCAUCAUCAGCUGCUAUCGUCGUCGUCGUCGUCGCAGCAGGGGCCGAUGCAGCCAGCGCCAUACAACAGCCUGGCGCUGCAACUGCUGCCCUACCAGUGCGAGCAGUGCAAGCUCUCGUUCCCCACCUUCGAGCAGUGGCAGGAGCACCAGCAGACGCACAUGCUCUCCGCACAGAACCCCUUCGCUCACCCGCCCUCUGUCCUGGAGCGCCCCGCGGAGAUGCCCUUCGUGAUGUUCGACCCGCGCUCCGGUUCGCUCGUGCCGGGCGCCCCGCCGCACGUCCCGUCGCAGUCGGCGCCAUCGCCCGCGACGCCGGCGUCGUCCGCCGGCACCGAGGAGAGGGCCGACGUCGGGGGCAAGGUGGACGGCGAGCGGCUCGACGAGCCGCACAAGGACAAGCGGCUGAGGACGACCAUCACGCCCGAGCAGCUGGAGGUGCUCUACGGCAAGUACAUGAUCGACUCGAACCCCACGCGCAAGAUGCUGGACCACAUCUCCAGCGAGGUGGGCCUCAAGAAGCGCGUGGUGCAGGUGUGGUUCCAGAACACGCGCGCCCGCGAGCGCAAGGGCCAGUUCCGCUCGUUCGGCAUGGUGCAGGCCCACCGGCGCUGCCCGUUCUGCCGCGCCCUCUUCAAGGCCCAGACGGCGCUCGACACGCACAUCCGCUCGCGCCACUGGCACGAGGCGCGCCAGUCGGGUUACAACGUCUUCCCGUCGCCCGGCGCGCCGAGCCCCGGGCACACGCAGGCCAAGGACGGCGGCGGCAUCGGCGGCAUCGGCGGCGGCGGCGGCUUCGAGCACUCGCUCAGCAUGGUGUUCUCCCAGCCGCCGUUCGGCAUGGGCGCCGGCUGCGACAACCGGUCGGCGCUGCUGUCUCAGAUGAAGAUGAUGGGCGACAACUCCCCCACCGGGCUCAGCCACUCCCCCAUCAACGUCGAGAGCAGCUUCUGCGACAAGGCCUCGUUCAUCCCCAAGGUCGAAGGGUCGAUGGCGGGCGGCGCGGCGGAAGGCGACGCCUCGGCCUACGACGACGACGAUGGCCGCGGUGGUGGCGGCUCGUCGGAAGACGGCCGCCCGUCCGGCGCGAGCGCGGCGCGCGGCGAGAACGGCGACGGCCUCUCGGCCGAGGCGUCGACCUCCGACUACGUCCGGCCGAAGACGGAGGACGAGGCGCCGUUUCAGCCGACGACGCCGGCGCUCGGCAGCGAGAGCGGCGACGGCGUCUCGUCGUCGGGGCCGGUGAGCCCCGGCCUGAGCCUCUCGACGACGCUGGACUUCGAGAUGAACGACUACAGCGAGACGUCCAGCCUGGCCGACCCGCGCACACCCGAGCCCGCUGGGCGGCCUCGCCUUUCGCAGUCCAAGCUGUCGUCGUCGUCCGACGACCGUCCGGGCCACAAGCGCUACCGCACCCAGAUGUCCAACCUGCAGCUGAAGGUGCUCAAAGCCUGCUUCGGGGAGUACCGCACGCCCACCAUGCACGAGUGCGAGAUCCUCGGCAACGACAUCGGGCUGCCCAAGCGCGUCGUGCAGGUGUGGUUCCAGAACGCGCGCGCCAAGGACAAGAAGUUCAAGCUGAGCGUCGCCAAGCAGUUCGGCGCGGAGGCCGCGGUGGCCGCGGGCGGCGGGGAGGGCGCGGCGCCGCGGGGGGGCCGCUGCGGGCUGUGCGGCGUGCAAUACACGGCGCGCCUCUCGGUGCGCGACCACGUCUUCUCGCUGCAGCACAUCGGCAAGCUCAAGGAGAGCCUCGGCAGCCAGCUGGACGGCGAGAAGUUCCUCGACCCGGCGCUCUUCCGCCAGUUCAUGGCCCAGCAGGAGCUCGACCGCAUCAAGAAGGCCAACGAGAGCAUCGGCCUUCCCCAGCAGCAGGCAAUUCAAGUCACGAAGCACCCCGCCACGUUCCACAACGGGCCCCAAGUGCCGGGCCUGGGCCUCGCGUCGGCCUACUCGGCCGUUCCCGGGCUCUCGCCGAUGCUCAUGCCGGGCGUUGGGGGCUCCCCGGCGCUGCCCAACUUUGGGCCGUCUCCAGCAGCAAUGACGACGCCCAAGGCAGCUCUCAUCGGCUUCCCCAUGUCGGCGAUCCCCUCGCCGGGUCUCACCGCGCCCGCCGCGGUCCCCAGCAAAUCACCGCAACAGCAGCAGAACGCCGGCACCGCGCCGCAGUCGCCGGGCAAUGAGAGGAGCAAAGACGCCGCUGGUGACGACCAGGACACCGACGAGCGGCAGAAAUCGGACGCCGCGGCGAAGCACGACGAGUCGGACGCGGUCGUCCAGCAGGCGCAGUCCGACCAGGCCCAGCUGCGGGCCCUGCAGGCCGCGCUGGCCGGCGAGUCCAACGCGACGGCGGCGGCCGCCCUCCUCGCGGGGCAGCUGCUGCCCUGCUUCGGGCUGCCCACGCUGCCGCCGUACUUCAACGGGCCGCAGCUGCCCACGGCGGCGGCGGCCGCGGCCGUGCUGCAGGGCGGCUACCUCCAGUCGCUGUACGGAAUGGACGCCUCGGGCCUCUUCCCCUACGGCCCAGCCUUCGCGCAGGCCGCCCUCGCCAACGGGCUGGCGGCCGGCUCGCUGCUGCAGCAGCAGGUGCAGCAGUAUCAGCAGAACGUGCAAGAGGUGCUGCUGCAGCAGCAGCAGCAGCAGAUGACGCAGGCGGCGCAGCCGUCGAACGGCUCCGCGCAGGGUCGGCACGACAGGGGCGGCCAGGACGCGAAGGAGGCGGGCGACGGGGCGGACGACGGCGCCAGGCCGCCGGGCAAAGGCAAGGGGGCGGCGGACGCCCCGACGAAGCCGAGCCUGGCGGAGCACUGCGAGAUGAAGUGCAGCCUCGUGUGCCGCAAGUGCCAGAUGGUGUUCUCCGACGAGACGCUGGCGCUGGCCCACCAGAAGUCGCUCUGCUACUUCGGGCUGGGCAAGGUGGACGCGCGGGAGACCCUGGUGCGUGUGCCCUCGGGCCAGUACCAGUGCAAGGCCUGCGACGUGACCCUGCUCGGGGAAGACGGCCUGCGACGCCACCUCCAGUCGUCCUCGCACCGGCAGCAGGUCGCGGCCAAACGAGCUUCGUCCGACGCCAAAGAGCAGCAGCAGCAGCACGCUAGACUAUUAUUACCUCACUCCUUUCGCGCCACUGAUUCCGCAUCUACCUCGCAGCAGCAGCAGCAGCAGCCCGUGCCGGAUGACGGCGGCGGCGGCUUCUCGGCAGCCGGCUCCUCGUGCGCCGCUCCCGUCGCCUGCGCCAAAUCGUGGCCGCCGUUCGCCACGCCCGUGACGCCGCCGUCGCUCCCGCAGACGCGCUUCUUGCCCGCCCUCGUCACGGCCUCCCUGGCGAACUCGGCCGCGGUGGCGGCGGCGGCCGGGAUGGACGCGCAGGUGCCGGCGGCGGCGGCGGCGGCGGCGGCGCCCCAGCCGCCGGUUUCGCUGAGCGGGUGCUCGGGCGACGCGGACCAGGGCGGCCAGGCGACGUCGCUGGCGAGCGAGCGCGCCAUCGCGGCGUACGGCAUGAUCUCCGAGCGCGAGUCGCAGAGCGUGGGCUCGUAGAGGCGUUCCGCUCGCGGGCGCUCGCGACGCUCGGUUUUUAUAGAUAGCUUUAAACAAAACUUUGAAAAAACAAAAACCAACAUAAAAACGGAGACACGAUCAUUUACUGUGCAUGUAUUAACCCGUUGGUACAUUCCUUUUAUUUUUUGAGAACUAUUUUUUAUUUGUUUUCCCAAGGGUGUCGGCCUUGCGUAUUGUUGUGUCGGGAGCCGUUGCGGCGUGAAGGCGACUCGUGGGUUUUGCUAAAGAGGAGGAGGGAGGAGGAGGAGGGAGGAGGUCGCCUUUAAAUGUACCGGCGCCAACGUAAAGAAGAGCGUGGAAUGGCAGGAGAGGACGCGUCCGGGCGGGGGCGAGGGGCCUGGGUUUUGCUCGUCGCAAGCGGAAGAAAACCCCCAACGUCGCGGCGUUUGACAAAAGGGCUUCCUCCGCCCAGCACCCCGGAGAAAGACCAACACGUUGCAUCGAGAGAGACAGAGAGCAGGGGAAGAAACACUCAAUUCGGGCCAAGCUUUAAUAACAAUAACAAACAACAACAACAACCGAACGAUGUCAUUGACGACGACGGCGCGUCGAAUCGUUAAGCCGUCGGUGCCACGGACGGCUCUCCCUGAGUUUUUGCCGGCAACUUUAAGGGCAGCCUCCUGCGG